AUGCGUUGCACAUCGACGACAACCCCGGCGGCACAGUCCGCCGCUGGCCUGCUAUACCUCCUACUACUAGCGGCACCCGCGGCGGCGAUGCUACAUUGCGAUAAAAUCCUAGUCGAAGGCCAAAAGUUCAACUUCAAAGAUCUCGGGGGCCCCCACUCCGUAGUGACAACGCAGGAGCUGGUUGACCAGCCCUUCCAGUAUCGGAACACCACGUACACCCUAGACCUGUGUGCACCACUAAAGAAGACCGGCCCGGCCGAAGAGAGCUGUGCGAACGGAGCAAGGGUCUGCGGUAUCGUGCGCGGCAUCAAAGGCGACAAAGACGAAGUGACCGCCACCAUCCCCAUCGCAGGGGAUCUGCUCAACCACGGGGGCGGCAACCUGGAGCCCCUGUUCACGCGGCUCAAGACAUCCGACUCACAGUCCGAUGCCAAGAAGGAAGGUGUUCGGAUCGUCUUGCACGGUGGACAGUCAUCCGUCAGCGGACAGAAGCGCGCACAGCAGGCCGUCGUUGAGAUGGUAUGUGACAAGGACAAGACGGGCAAGGAGGGCGAGUGGGACCCCAAGGACGACAAGUACGAGCCUGGUCAGGAAGAGACCGGGGAGGAGGGAAGCCCGGCCGCCGAGAAACGAAAGAGGGCCGACGGUGACGGGGAGAACGACCCGGAAUCAGAACACCAACUGCUCAAGCCGGACGCGGCCCUCAUCUUCGACAGCUACGGACCCCUCGCCGAUGACAAGAAGAAGAUCGACGUGCUGAGGCUUACUUGGUAUACCAAAUACGCUUGCGAGGGCCUGCCGGCAGAUGAGUACCCCAGCAACAACCACUGGGGGUUCUUCACGUGGCUUGUCAUCCUCGUGUUCCUCGGUACUGCUUCCUACCUGGUGUUUGGAUCUUGGCUCAACUACAACCGCUAUGGCGCCCGUGGCUGGGAUCUGCUACCGCACAGUGACGCUAUUCGCGAUAUCCCGUACCUUCUCAAGGACUGGGCGAGGAGGGUCCUCAACACCGUGCAAGGCACAGGCUCUAGGGGGGGUUACUCGGCAGUAUGA